UCAUGGUUAAAGUCAUGUUCCAAUUCACUUUUGAUUGUCUCGAGUCUGCAAGCAGUCACUGUGAAAAUGAACUGCACUCUUGAAGGAAACUGUAUAAAAGCUUUUGGAAAGGCCAUUCAUGCCCUUUCACGAAUUGGACAUGGGCUGUGGUUGGAUCCCACGGUCAAAGGGCUGGCUCUGAGAUCAGUGAAUUCAUCCCAGUCUGCAUAUAUCUGCUUCUCCUUUUCACCAAUGUUCUUCUACAACUACAGCCUGGCAUCAGCGCAGGCCAGUGAAUCCAUUAAAUGCAAGCUGCAAAUCAAGUCUCUGUUACCACUUUUCCGAUGCUUGACUUCAAUUGAGCGUAAUGUAGAGCGAUGUCAGAUAUCAUUCAGCCCCCACAAAGACACAGUAAAGAUCCAGUUUGUCUGUCGGCACGGAAUCACAAAAACCCACAACAUAUAUUACCAGGAGAGUGGAGCUCUACAGGCUGUGUUUGAUUCUCAUCUUUGUUCCAAUGUGCUGAAGGGUCCUGCUAGGCUUCUUGCGAGUAUGGUGAUGCAUUUCCAAAGAUCUCAGGAGGAAGUCACCCUCUCCAUAACUCCUAGCCGAGUCAGUCUGAGGAAUUACCAUGAUGGAAGAAAUGAUCACAUGAAGUUGACGUACACCGAGAUGGCCUUACACCCUGACGAGUUUGACUAUUUUCUAUCCGGAGAAGACUCGGCCAUAACCUUCUGUCUGAAGGAGCUGAGGGCUUUUCUCUCUUUUGCGGAAAUGCAAUGCCUAGCUGUUUCAGUCCAAUUUGAUGCUGCAGGAAAGCCUGUGUGCUUUUCUGUGGAGGACACGGUCCUGGAGGCCACUUUGGUGCUGGCUACCUUGAUUGACAGCGGAGGCCCCUCCCAACCAACAAAUACCCCAGACCCAAAUUCACCGAGGCGUACAGAUGCUGCAGCCAGAGAUCAACGCCUCAGUCAUUGUGCUGGCAUGAAAAUGGUUGCAUCCAGCCAGGGCAGCCCCACCAUUCCGUCAACCCCUCUGCUAGAGCUUCAUAACCGCAAGCUUCUUCGACUUGGCAACCCCUGUGUGACUGCGAGUCCCGCUUCCUCCGCGGUCUGCUCCCUCCUGUUCCGGGGAUUGUCAUCAGAGCAGGAUGAUGAGUGUGUGACUGUUUUGGCUUGCGACAGUGACAUGGAGGAAGACAAAUACUCGGCAGGAAGCCCCGAGUACUAAAAAAGGGAGAAAAAAGUGUUCCCUAAAUGUAUUUAUUGUAAGUUAAUUCCUUUGUCUAAUUGUUCACAGUCCUCAUUUUUAUCGAUCUGUUUUCAAACCUCCUGGUUCACGCAUUCUUUCAAGGAUGUAGUUAUUAAAUU